AUGUGCCAGGAGGCUCAACUCUGCUUCCCGCACCGGUACUUGGCCUUCCUCGGACCGUGCCCGUCUGAGCCUAGGGACUUGAAAGCUCCACUCAAAUCCAAGAAGCAAAGCUAUCUUGAGAUUGCCAAGUUUUUGCUUCGCAAACAGCCGAAUGAGUCUACACGAAGGGCUUGUGAAUUCAUUUUGAAGAUUUGCAACAAUGAGCCCCCUCAGUCAGUUCCUCGGCUUCCUUGGUUUGAGAAGCCUCCUGUUCCGGAAAUCGUGGUGGACCUAAAGGCACCAUCUGCGUUGACAGCCCUUGCACCAUUGAUGCGUUUCAGCGCAGUCUUGCAGCGCUGA